AAUAAAAAGGUAAGUUGUUUAGUUUACAAUUCAGUACAAAUACAAAUAUUACAAAACUACAGCAAAUCUUUCACGUAAAUAUAAAAAUUUAAAUCCAUACCUUGGUUCUAACUUCUUCAGUAGGCCUUUUACAGUAGCCCACUAAAUACUAUUGGCUACUGUUGGGUAUUUCGUUUAAACACACACACACACAAAGUUUUUAGUAGAGAGUUCGUUUUAUAAUUGAACGCUAUUUAAAUAUAAAAUCAAGAGCACAAUAGGUUAUCAGGAAAGUCAUUUCCUACCUUUGUGUCUGACUCACUUAUCCAUAAUUUCUACAGAGGAAUUCGAUCUGGAUGUACUGACGAUAAGAGGAUAUUUGCAUAUUUGGGGAGAAUUUGCCGCUCAAAUGUAGCAGUGUCCUGAAAAACGUUGGCCUGUCACAUUUGACGCUACUGAACUUUCCUCUCCGGAACAGUAGAUGUCGCUAAAUUUUGUUGAAACAACUCUUAAACCAACGAGGAAGAACAUAAAUGAACACCAUCGAUGAAGCUAUUUUUCUGAAACUUGUGGAUAUUUUCAUUUAGCGGCAUACCAUUUACAAUUUAUUUAUAGUAGAUAUUAAACUCUAUUUGAUUCAGUGUCAUAUAGACCUUAAAUGCAGGAUAAGUUUGAAGUUUUUGGACACUCGUGAUGUUGCUGACAGCAGAGGUAGCCUAAACAUAUGCACGUUUCGGCUACAGUGUAAAGUUAGUGAUUGGAUAGGUAGCCUUACUGAUACAAAGUGCCAUUUCAAGUUGACCAAACUAUGAAGUAGGCCUUGAACCAUCUAGUAAGUUAGUGCAUUCAUUUCGAGAUAAGUGUAUAUAUUUAAGUUUAAAGUUACAAUUACUAAUUGCUCGCAUAGUAGGACAGAUAUGUCCGAAGGCGUCACACAUAUUCACUUGACAGACGGCAGCGAGAGUGUGGAUAAAGUUGAUGAUGGAGAUUGUGUGACGUCCACAGUGGACGUCGCCUGUAUAUCAGAUGAGAAUCCCCUUUUAGCCGGAAUAAGCAUGUGUGGAUCCACGCCUCUUCUGUGGCGUGUUGCCGAUCUUAAGAUGGCCCGACAGGCAGGGGUUAUCGGAUCUUUGGUGGGCUCGCUAUCCCGACAGCCACGACAGAACACGAGGCUGGGUCGACCGCUGGAACUUCUUGACGAGGAGGCACGUCUGCUAGCUGAAGACGGGAAAGUGAUGGUCUUGCCAACAAGAGAUGAAGAGAAAGAAGAGGACUACUCGGAACGAGUUGAGCAUUACCGACAGGACCUUGAGCAAUGUCAUAAAGUGCAGAGCGCCCUCGCUCUUCAGGACAAGAAAGGGGCUCUACAGAGGGUCAUGACUGACACAAAGAACGAGGGCUCGGUUCGGGAUCGUCUGGAGGCUCUGGAUCGGGACUUCUCUCUUCCUGUCUCUGCCAUUACUGUCCAGCUGUGCACUGCCCGGGCGGGACUCAGUUACCACAGUGACGAGAAAGACUUCCUGUCCGCCAGCUGGCCAGUGCAGCAGGAUGAGCAAGCACAGACGAGAUUCCUUGUGUACCGGGACCUGCGUAGGAGAGGGUUCUGCCUGACCUCUGCUGGGAAAUUUGGUGGAGACUACCUGGUCUACCCUGGUGACCCCCUCUGCUUUCACGCUCACUUCAUCGCCCUCUGCGUUGCUAUGAACACAACCACUCCCAUCUGUGACAUCCUGGCAAUGGCCCGACUCGGCUCAAACGUGAAGAAGACGGUAGUGCUUUGCUCACCCGGUGUCACACGAGAGAAAUUGAACAAGGAAGAGGAGGAGGAGAGAGAAGUAAAAGAACGAGAAGAUGAGGUGGUGUAUACAUCCCUGCAGUGGAGUGGCAUGGUCUGAGAGCUCUGUUGACGGGUCACAGAACCCUUGUGGUCACCAUAGUCCGAUUCUGCUGGGCCUGUAGUCUGGUUGGGACCUGUGUUUCCACGUCUCCCUCUCAAGCCAUUGGAAAGGAACUGGAUGUUGUUGUUCAUCUAGGUCCGCAGAUAGACAUUUUGGUGAACCAUCCCUUUGGCGCAGUAAUUUGAUUUAGUCAAAUUUUGAUGUAUGGGGUCCUGAUCUACAAUGAUCUUCACCGGAAUACAUUCAUAACAAAUGUAUCCACAAACAAUGAUGUUAGUUCACACUACAUCCAACAAAAGACCAUGUAUGACUCUGUCAUGUGGAGGACCAGUUAGACAUGUUCACAUUGCUAAGAAGUGCCCAUAUCUCCAACCACCUACCAUACUGUCUCACAUACGUACAACUACAAUAUAAUAAAAGACAUAGAAUUGUCCAAGUUA